GCAUGCGCGGCUCAGGGAGCGUGCAGCAUGGCGAUAGCCGAUGCAUGGAAAGACCGAAGAUGUCGGCUCGGUCAUGUGAUCAGCUGUGUCCAAUCACAGCUGAUCACAUGGGACAUGUACACUGAUCAUCAGGGCACUGAUCAGUGUGCCCUGAUGAUGUGUGGCCCCAGAAGUGCCACCUGUCAGUGCUCAUCAGUGCCACCUGUCAGUGCCCAUCAGUGCCUCAUCAAUGCCACAUAUCAGUGCCCAUCUGAGCUGCCUUUCAAUGUCACCCAUUAGUGCCAGUCAGUGCACACCUAUCAGUGCCAGUCAGUGUCGCCUAUCAGUGCCAUCAGUGCCGCCUAUCAGUGCCAGUCAGUGCUGCCUAUCAGUGCCAUAUAUCAGUGUCAUGUAUCAGUGGUGCCUUUCAGUGCCCAUCAGUGAUGCCUGUCAAUGCCCAUCAGUGCAACCUACCAGUGCCUCCUCAUCGGUGCCACCUAUCAGUGUCCAUCAGUGCAGCCUAUCAGUGCCCAUCACUGCAACCUCAUUAGCGCACAUCAGU